AAAAAAACGUAUUCCUCGUAAUCGGAAAAUCCUAACAGACACCGCAACGCCUCCUCACGUCACCUCCUCCCUCCUCCGCUUCUAUAGCUUUCCGUCGUCACAGAGAAUUUGAUUCCUUGACUUCCCCCAAUUUCUCCCGCAGAUCUCAAGAUGAUCCGAUUAAGAACCUACGCAUGCCUCAGCAUACUCUCAACCCUAACAAUAAUCCACCACGCCUUCACAACCCGAGGCCAAUUCUACCCCGCAACCGUCUACCUCUCCACAUCCAAAAUCAGCCUAAUGCUCCUCCUCAACAUGUGCCUCCUCCUCAUGCUCACCCUCUGGCACCUCGUCAAACUCCUCUUCCUCGGCUCCCUCCGCGAAGCCGAGAUCGAGCGCCUCAACGAACAGGCCUGGAGAGAGCUCAUGGAGAUUCUCUUCGCCAUCACCAUCUUCCGUCAAGACUUCUCCAGCGGAUUCCUUCCUCUGGUUGUUACGCUUUUGCUGAUCAAGGCCUUGCAUUGGCUUGCUCAGAAGAGAGUUGAGUUUAUUGAGACGACUCCUAGUGUGACUAAGCUCGCUCAUGUUCGUAUUGUUUCGUUUUUGGGGUUUCUGUUGGUUGUGGAUUGUUUGUUUAUGUAUAGCUCUGUGAAGGAUUUGAUAAGGUCUAGGCAGGCUUCGGUUUCUCUAUUCUUCUCUUUUGAGUAUAUGAUUUUGGCGACGACUACUGUGGCGAUUUUUGUGAAGUAUGUGUUUUUUGUUACGGAUAUGAUUAUGGAUGGUCAAUGGGAGAAGAAGCCGGUUUAUACUUUCUAUCUUGAGCUUAUUCGUGACUUGCUUCACUUGUCUAUGUACAUUUGCUUCUUCUUUGUCAUUUUCAUGAACUAUGGUGUGCCUUUGCACUUGUUGAGGGAGCUCUAUGAAACCUUCAGGAACUUCCAGAUUCGUGUUUCUGAUUACCUUCGUUAUCGUAAAAUCACUUCCAAUAUGAACGAUAGGUUCCCUGAUGCAACUCCCGAAGAGCUUACUGCAAGUGAUGCCACAUGUAUCAUAUGCCGUGAAGAAAUGACAACUGCGAAGAAGCUUAUAUGUGGGCAUCUCUUCCAUGUGCAUUGUCUUCGAUCCUGGUUGGAAAGACAGCAGACAUGUCCUACUUGCAGGGCACUCGUUGUACCUCCUGAGAAUGGCACAUCUACUACAGCUGCAGGGCAACGAGGAUUACGCCAAGGUCCUCAACAAGGUAUUUCAAGCUCAGGUGCUCAGGGAUCUGAGACACGUUCUUCUGCCGGGGGUUCCAAUGAUAGUUUGAGCAGGCACCACGCCAGGCUUCAAGCAGCUGCUUCUGCAGCAGCCAUGUACGGGAAAUCAAUGGUUUAUCCAUCUGCAAACACAGUAGCAUGGUCGCAGCUGGGCACAGAGAAAGCUCCAACAGAAGCGGCACAUCAUCCUUCAUCAUCAUCCUCUGCCCCAUGUGAGCUUGCUAGUGAAAACUCUCGUGUCUAUGCAAAUAUCCCAGAGGCUAAGCUGGAAAAUAUGAAGAACUCUUUAGAGACCCAGCUCGAGAAUUUGCGAAACAGACUUCAUUUUCUGGAGAAGAGGAAAGUGGAAUCCACAGGGGAAGCAGAUAACAAAGGAAAGACGGUUGUUGAUGCUUAAAAAUGUAGAAAGGAAAAAAGAAACAAAAACUCAUGUCUAGAACUGAGAUAGAGAAAGGAGUUAAGGAGGCAUUGUGGUUCUGCUACAGAACAAAAAAGAUGUACACUGUCGUAGAAUUAAGACGCUUGAGUUGAAACUGAAACCUAAACUGUGUGUUUUCUUUUAAUCAUUGGGUUGGCAUAUUUACAGGUCAGACUCUUUUUACUUGUUCCACUUUUUUUUGGCAAUCGAUUAUUUUUAGCUAUAAAAAUGGAAGGAAAGUUAUA